AUGUCUCGGCUAGCAAAACGAGUUAUUACUAUACCACCGACGGUGGAAAUUUCUCUUUCCUCCCAAAAAGUUCUGGUUCGGGGUCCGGCGGGGAAAAAUGAACUGCUCCUUCAUCCCGAGAUUGAAGUCAUUAGAGAAGCCGAAAAAAUUUGGGUUAAAUCCCCUAAUCUUGCUCUAACCGGAACCUUUAAUUCCUUAAUUUAUAAUCUAAUUUGGGGAGUGGAUAAAGGUUAUCGAAUGUCCUUAGAAGUUAAAGGAGUAGGUUAUAAGGUUAGUCUCCGUAAUGGUGAAUUAGAAUUAUCCGUCGGAAAGUCUCAUCUUGAUUAUGUUUCUAUCCCGUGCGAACUACAAGUUGAAUUAAAAAGUAAUCGAAUAAUUAUUACUGGCUCUGACAAGCAAAGAGUUUUCGAAUUCGCUAACCACAUCAGAGUUCUACGACCGCCCAGUAUCUACAAAAAGAACAAAGGAAUUUAUUUUCUUGGGGAAGAAAAAAACCUUAAAUUACGCUCAGGUAAAACUCUACGAAAAUAA